AUGAAUCUCCAGUGUUCAACUCCAGUGUUCAACUCCAAAUCCAAUCCAGUAAAUGAUCAAAACUGGAAAGCAACUCCAGUCGGUUUAAUAUACAGUAACAACUCCAGUCUUAACGGUGUUGAAGCUGUUGGGGACACCCUAGAAGAGAUGUGGAUCUCUUACAACAACAUAGAGAAGCUGAAGGGCAUCAAUGUCCUCAAGAAACUCAAGGUCCUAUACAUCAGAGUGACCAAUGUGAAAGACAUGUCUGAGUUCUCCAAACUGGUUGAUCUUCCCAACAUGAAGGAGCUGGGGUUUGUUGGCAACCCGCUGGCGGAGAGUGGCCAGGAGGUGUACACAGAGACCAUCACCAAGAAGCUGCCCAAGCUAAAGCGCCUAGAUGCUACGUACUUUAAUCUGUGUUUGGUGUUUGAUAAGGAAGCUGUUGGGGACACCCUAGAAGAGCUGUGGAUCUCGUACAACAACAUAGAGAAGCUGAAGGGCAUCAAUGUCCUCAAGAAACUCAAGGUUGAUCUUCCCAACAUGAAGGAGCUGGGGUUUGUUGGCAACCCGCUGGCAGACUCCCUGAUGGAGAUUGGCCAGGAGGUGUACACAGAGACCAUCACCAAGAAGCUGCCCAAGCUAAAGCGCCUAGAUGGUUUCACUGUGAUUCGCCAGGAUUAA